CUUCGUCUUCCUCCAGCAGGUUGUGAUUGUGGAAAAUUGCACAUGUCUUGCAGUAAAAUUCAGCACUCGCUGUUGCCAAAGACGAAAGGCGAGACAAACAGAAGAAGAACACAGCGCCCAGCUGUCUCCAGCUCGCACGGCAGCAGACACAAGGCCUGUUGUGGUGUGCUUUGCGUUGGUGGAACGUGUGGCGGUUGUUGUGCAUCAGAACAGUACCGAAUGGGCGAUGGGGAAGAUGACGCGACGGUGGCCGGGUUCCUUCGGGACUUCAUGAUCAACCCGUACGGUGCUGCGUUCCUGCAAGCAUCAACGGACGCAAAGAUGCUGCACCACAUGAACGCCAUUCAAAAGCCGCCCGAGAUUCCCAAGGUAGCGCGGUUGAGACAACGCCGCAAGAGCGUGCAACCUGUAUCACCAACAGCAGCAGGAGGCGGCGACGACGACUGGAUGACCGUGCUCCAAGCACUCCAAGACGACCUUGAACUGGACAACGAAGAGAGACAUGAGGGCGGGGAUGCUGGCGCCACCAUCACGGACGUUCAGCCCAUGGCGCAUGCUGUUGCCAUUGCGGACGGUACACAUGACGACGACGAGCAUGCCGGUGGCGUGACGGGAUCUUACGUUGCAGGUGAUGGAAUAAAGCACCCACAACACCAACAGCACCAGCAGCAUCCGCUGCCAUCGCCGUCGUCGCUGCGGCGUCCACGAAGCAGGAGCCCCGAGCAGCAGCGGCGCAAGCGGCUGGAGAUGCGGCAGCGGCAGCGGGAACAGCAGCGGCGAAACCAGUCGUCGCCAUCGCGUGGGGUGGGCCUUGCCUCCGUUGCCACGCCGCUCGGCGCCCUGCAGGAGGAAGACCGGGACGAGAACAGUCAUGAUGGUGCGCAGCGCGGAGGUACGCCCAACGAUGCAGAAUCAGCGAUACCACGGCGUGGUGGUGGUGGUGGUGGUGGUGGUGGUGGUGGUGGUGGUGGUGUUGAUGAUGACGAUGAGGCCGCGUUGGAUCACCAGCAGCAGUCAUCAUCGCCUGUGAAGCACAGAGAUGGCAUGGAACAGGGCGGUGCAGGCCGUGGCGUAACAGAUAACGCACGCACGCUGCCCCCACUUCGCACCGGUCCUCCUGCCCAUCUCGCCCGUAGAACAACAACCACACCCCCACCGCCACCGCCAAGCACAGCACCAACGCCCCACCAGCACCAGCACCCUGGAGUUGUGGACAGGCCACGACCCGCCUCUGCUCGAUCUGUGUCAUCGGCAACAUCCACAUCAACGCUUCCGCCGCUCCGGACAACGCUUCCACGCACACCUGGACCCGGUGUCCACCCGUCGACACACCAUCUUGCGUCACGGGCAGAGCAGCGGGCGCAGCAAAAACGCGGACUCAAGAUGUCGUUCAAGCAGACGCAGUGGGCCGUGGGCACGCGGCAGCACCUGCAGCAGCAGAUGAAGAAGCAGGCGCGGGCGCUUCGACGGACGGCGCACUCCGAGUGGAUAUUCGCCACCGAAAGCAGACUCGACCAGGAGAUUGUUGAUCUGCAUCGUGAGCUGGAAUUUCUUCGCCGUGAACUCGCCGCCUCCGGUCUCCCGCCGGCACAGGCAGACGAGCACAUUCGGUUGACGCUGCAGCGCCAGCGCCCAAUUCCACACAUCCGCGCACUCACGGCCGUCCUUGCAAAGAUGCCCGGAUCAUUACGCGAGGAACUGCAACACGUUGCAAAUGUGUACACGACUGUGCUUGAAGAGCCAGACGAAGAGCAGGCGCCGCAGUGCGUCGACGACCACGGGCGCGUUCUAAAUGCAUUUUCGCCGCUUGACGAAAUGCUCAACGCAUCAGAGGUCCAGCAACGAUUACGCGCAAGCCACGGCCGCAGCAACUUUGAUGCGGAGGUGGCGGAAAUGGCGGGUCCAGUUGCGCAAUUCAUCGCCACGUGUCGCCGCGAGCAGCGCGACUGCCGGCAAAUUGUGCGGCACUUGGAGGAAAUGCGACAGUUUGUGGAAGCAGACAAGAUCAGACUCUCCCAAGAAAUUCGACAGGAGGAGCAGAAGAUUGCAUCGUACAAACGUGACAUUACAGAAGCAGAUGCGGCACUGGAAGCAAUGCAGGCGGAAAUGAGAGCCGCGCGGUCGGCGCCGAAAGCGGACGUGACGAGCGAUUCCCCGAAGCAGCUGGAGGCCAUGCACCGCGAGAUUAUCCUGAAUACGCAGAAGCAGGCGAAGAUGCGGCGUGUGCGGGAGACGGGGUGUGUUCCGCGACGCGUUCUCGAUUGGAUCGAGGACAGCAUCGAAAACGCAAAGAGUAACACCAUCUGGUGGAAGAAGCAGGCUGAGCUGCUUCGCUUGGACGUGGCGGACUUGCACGCACGCGCACACCGUAUCCGCAAGCAAAACGCGCAGGCCGAAGCCGAGAAGAAGGCAAAGGAGCAGCAGGCAGCAACACCCAAGGGGUAGCCGUGGUGGCUGCUGUGGUUACGAGAGUGGUGGUGGUGGUGGUGCCUUGCGACUUGCGUGCGAAUCGCAACAUCAAGUUGUGAUUGGCCAAGGUGGCAUGGCAAGGAGCAGUUGGAGGUGGGUGCUUGUGAUCAGUCACUGGUCACUCAUGUGCUGAUGCAGCUGGUGAUGAGUGGCUGGCGUUUACUCUUCGACACCUUCCAUGUCCAAUUAUUGUACAUACACACACACGUGUCGAGCUAAUGUAACAUUGUGUACAUCUACACCCGCAUUGUUUGGUUAUUAAACGUU